UAUGGGCAUUUAAUCAAGUUUGUGCGCCCUGCAGUUUACCAGAAGAAUACGUACGUUCUGUCGAGCAGUUGAGGCUGAUUAUAGCGUAUCACAGCCAUGGGUAAAGAUCCUAACAAGCCCAGGGGAAAGACGUCCUCUUACGCGUUCUUUGUGCAAACCUGCCGGGAGGAACAUAAGAAGAAAAGCCCAGGGACUAAGGUGGACUUUGCGGAGUUCUCCAAGAAGUGCUCUGAAAGAUGGAAGACCGUGUCCUCAAAGGAGAAGGUCAAGUUUGAGGAAAUGGCCAAAACCGACAAGGUCCGCUAUGACCGGGAGAUGAAAAACUACAUGCCUCCUAAAGGUGCAAAGGGAGGGAAAAAGCAGAAGGAUCCAAAUGCUCCUAAGAGACCACCAUCUGCUUUCUUCGUCUUCUGCUCUGACCAUCGCCCAAAAGUGAAGAACGACAACCCUGGCAUCUCUAUUGGUGAUAUUGCAAAGAAGCUUGGGGUGAUGUGGUCCAAGCUUUCACCAAAGGAAAAGGCUCCAUAUGAGCAGAAGGCCAUGAAGCUCAAGGAGAAAUAUGAAAAGGAUGUUGCUGCAUAUCGCGCCAAAGCAGAUGGUGGCAAGAAGGGUGGACCUGGCCGGCCAGUAGGAAAGAAGGCAGAAGUGGACGAUGACGAUGAUGAGGAUGAGGAGGAUGUUGAAGAAGAGGAUGAGGAUGAUGAUGAUGACGACGAUGACGAUUAAACUCAGGGAAAACUUGAGCCGAGUUGUUUGCAAAACAAUGUGAAUGCAUUUUUUAGCAUUUUUUUUUUUUUCAAUACAUGUACAGAAAUGUGUAUAAAUGAAUACAUAUUGAGGUCAUGUGCUGUUUUGUAAAUUUAACUGGGAUUUUUUUUUUUUUUUUUUUUAAGCACUGCUUUUUGUCUUGAUAGCUGUGGUUGCUUUGGUUUCCCUGUUAUUAUUUCUACUGCCAUUUUAAGACAAAUAAGGAACAGUUUGAAUUUGUGUAGUGUCUCAGUUUUU